CUGGACCGCGGCUCGUGAGUCCUUGCUGGUUGCGGUGAAGCUAGCGCCACUAGAAAAGGAAGGAGGAGAAGAGAGAGAGAAACAUGAGCGUUUAGGUUUUCGCAUUCCUCUUUCUCUUGCAGUACAGCAGCAGACACGCAGAGGUAUAGGAGGAGAAGAAAGGCUAUCAAUCUCCCCUGCGAACUAGGGUUUUAAAUCAGUUUAGGGUUAGGGUUUGUACUUCAAUGAUUUGUCGAGUGUAGGGUUGAGUUGCUUUCAUUCGUUUGGAUUUGGAGAUGUUGAGGUUGAUCCUCUGUGCUAGAGAGUGGUGAUAAUACCUUAGAUUUUCGUGAUUUCUGUGCGGUUUAAUUUCCUUGUUUGUUUUGGUUUUCUGUUGUUGUUGUUGUUGAAAUUUAGGGUUUCUGCUCUUUAAUGGAUGAGGUUUGGGAGAGGGCUGUGGAAACGGCGCUCGACGGCCAAACCGAUUGCGCUUCUGCACGUUCCUUAACCCUGGAUGGCGCAGUGAAAUGCGUACAGGGCCGUCUGCCUCCUCCAAUCUUGCUAGAGAAAUUUGAGAACCUCGAGCACCUCUCCAUUGCAAACGUUGGUGUUUCUUCCCUAGAGAAGUUUCCUCGUCUUCGUCAUCUGCAGAAGCUUAUCCUCUCUGACAAUCGUAUUGCUGGCGGCCUUGAAUUUCUCGUUGAAGCCGGUCUGGAGUCGCUUCGGGACCUUGAUCUCUCUAACAAUCGAAUCCAAUUCCUGGAAGACCUGGCUCCACUUGCGCAGCUCAAGCUUGUCUCGCUCGAUCUCUAUGAGUGUCCUGUCACGCGGAUCAAAGAUUACCGAUCUAAGGUCUUUGGAUUGAUCAAAUCUCUAAAGUACUUGGACAAGAUGGAUGCCGAUGAGAAUGAGCGGCCAGAGUCUGAUGAGGAGGAGGAAGAUGAUGAAGAUGACGAAGAGGAUGAUCCUGGGAGUGGAGAAAUUGAUGGUGAAGAUCGGUCGGGGAAGAUGGGUAAUGGUGGCAGCGUUGGGGGUGGAAGAGUCCUUGUCGAUGUUGAUGAGGAUGAGGAGAGCGAUGCGGACGAAGAGGAGACAGAGAUAACCAGAGUCGCGAAUGGAUCGAUUUCGCAUCAUCAGUCUAAUGGCUAUCGGGUGGCGGCCUCAACAGACGGAGACGAGGAUGAGGAAGAUGUAGAAGACGAAGAAGAAGAAGAUUUGGGUGAGGAGAUUGAUGAAGACGAUGCUGAAGAUGAGGAUGUUGUCGAGGUUCAUGAGAUUGAGGACAGUGAUGAUGAGGAAGAUGGGGUCGAAGAGGAUGAUGGUGGUGAAGACGAGGAUGACGAAGAUGAGGUAGAGGACGAUGAGGAAGAUGCAGAGCCUGGAAUUACGGGGCGUCUGACUAGCACCGAAGGUGAGAUUGAUGGCCAUGAACAGGGAGAGGAAGACGAAAAUGGAGAGAUUGGGGAGGAGGAGCAGGGCGUUGAAGAAGGAGACUAUGAAGAAGAUGACGGUGACGAUGAGGAAGAAGAUUAUGGGGCUGAGUACCUGGUUCAGCCAAUUGGGCAGGCUGAAGAAGAUGCUGGAGGUAGUGAUUUGGAGCCAGGCAAUGAAGAGGAUGAUGCUGAGGAGGAGGAGGUUGCAGAUGAAGAGGAUGUGUAUGGUAGCGAGGUGAAGCUCCAUCCGUCAACUUCUUCCCAGGCGAAGAGGAAGAGAGAUGAAGAUGAUGAUGAUGAAGAUGAUGACGAUGGUGUUGAAGAUGCCAAGUCAUCCAGGCACCAUUAACAGUUUGUGUUCUGUUUUCAUGGAUGCCCUCGUCUCAUCACUUUACAGGGAAGAAGGAAGGUUGGGUUGGAGAUUGUUGGCGACUCUUAUCAGCUUUCUUCAUGGACAAAAUUAUGUUGUUUGGGUGGUACUUGGUUCAAAAAGUCGUUAGUGGUUAUAUCCCCACAUACUUUCACGUAUAUAGCCGUUGGUUGUUUUUUCAAAUAGCAGUUAUGAGCGGUUGCUGCCCUUCUCAAACCCAUCCCGUGGUUUAGGGGGAGUGGAGGGGGUUCAAAAUAGUUGGUUUCGGAAGGGAACACAACGGAGGAACAAGAAAUUUCGUAUCAGCCUCUUCUUUUUUAAUUUCCCGCCCUUUGUCCAGAGUAGUUUUGACAAUGCCUUGUAAAAUUGACACAUGGGGGUUUAUAUAAUUUUGAAUGGAAGUGGGGCUAUCUCUCUCCUUUGUCUA